CUUGCUCACUAAGCUAACUUCGAUGCGCAUUGUCACAUGGAACAUUAACGGCAUCUCUACAAUCUUGCAAUACCAUCCGUGGUGCGAAUCAAAGAAGUUCAAGGUGUUACUUGACGCGCUGGACGCAGAUAUCAUAUGCUUACAGGAGAUAAAGUGUCGACGAACCAAAGUCACAAAGGAAUUUGCUAUUGUGGAUGGCUACGAUGCUUAUUUUUCCUUCUCACGGUCUAAACACGGCUAUUCCGGGGUUGCAGUCUAUGUUCGGCAACCGCUCAAACCAAUCUCAGCUGAAGAAGGAAUUACAGGCUAUUGGACGCAACAUGAAACAUUUGAGCCGUCACUCGCAAUAGCAACUGACUCCAUGGUGCUCGAUGCAGAAGGCCGCUGUGUUGUUUUAGAAUUUGAACUGUUCGUCUUGUUCUGCAUUUAUUUUCCCAACGAUGCAAGCGAGGAACGCCGGAUGUACAAGAUGGACUACCACCAGUGUGUGCAGGAACGGGCUGAGCAGCUACUGCGCCAAGGAAAACAAGUCAUCAUAGCAGGUGAUGUGAAUGCUAUGCACCGAGAAAUCGACUGUUGCGAUCCAAAGAAUAAUAUGAAAGAAUGGGGCAUAUCCAACUUUCAAGAUGUGCCUGGAAGACGCUGGGUUGAUGAUUUUUUGUUUCCCAAGGGUCCGAUGGUUGAUAUGACAAGAUAUUAUCACCCCACAAGGAAAGGCAUGUUUACUUGCUGGAAUACCAAAAUCGAUGCAAGGGCUUCAAAUUAUGGAACACGGAUUGACUAUGUUUUGGCAUCGAAGGGUUUAGAGCCCUGGUUUAAAUAUUCCGACAUACAGCCCGACUUUCGUGGUAGUGAUCAUUGCCCUGUUUAUGCCGAUUUUCACGAUGUCAUCGAAAAAUGUGAUCCUGUAGGCACCAAAAUGGCUGAUCAUAUUCGUGACCAUUUGACUUCAGACAUAUGCAGCGAUCCAUGCCAAAUUGCUGCUGUGAACUUUGAAGAGUACUCAAACAAGCAGAAAAAACUAUCUAAUUUUUUCUCAGCCAAGCGACCUGCUGAUGAUGAUCUGGCCUCCCUUGCAAGUCAAGCCUCUACGAUAGCUAGCCAGAUGUCUAAUGUUGACAGCAGCGAGACUGAUUGUACCAGUCAGACUGUAGGUGUUCCUAAAACUGAUUCCCCAGCCAUACCAAUCGUACUGUCAACGCAAGUCUCCAAUCUGGAUACUUUGACACAAGAACAUGCCACAAAUUCCGUUGCAACAGGGAAGACCGAGUACUUCACUACGAAACGGAAAAAAUUAUCGGUGUCAAAGGCGAAAAGCCCAGUCGACUCUAAUCAGUCAUCGCUUAGCUCUUUCUUCACCAGAUCAUCCACGAAAAACACAUCAACGCCGUCAUCUAUAUCGGACGGCUCCAAUAAUAAUUCUCCUUCUGUGGCGGAAACAUACACUCCACCUAUAGAUCAUAAGCAAGAUGAAGAGUUUGUGGAUAUAGAACAGCUGAUGAAGCAACAUGAGCAGACCGUCAAGGCUGGGACACAGUGGAACGCCUUGUUCACUCCUCGAAAAGUACCAACGUGCAAUGUACAUAAAGAACCCUGUAAGGAGUUUGUGGUAAACAAAAAGGGAGUGAACCACGGGCGUCGAUUCUAUCUUUGCUCUAGGCCAGUUGGACCGCAGGAUGGUCCCGACUCUAAUGAAUAUCGCUGUGAUUAUUUUAUGUGGCAAACGGAGCUUGACAAAAAGCGGUCUGGUAACAGCUACAAAUGACUUUGAGAACACGCAGCUCUCUGGCAUAACGUAACUUCAUGCGGAUCCCAUGAUAGCAGGAUAAGAGAUUGAUCUGGGGCAUGUCGUUUGGUUAAGAGCAACACAUAUUGUUUAAUGUAAUGUAGAACAUACCAAAAUUUUCCUGUUGACUUCCUCUAUGUCAUGUAUAAUUAGCUCAACAUCUUUCAACUGUAUCUUUAGCAAUAGCAUUGGUUUUUCAAAAAUAUGCCGUAUUACUUUGGCGAUACCAUCUUAGAAUCGGUUGUCAAUUAUGAUGAAUGUCUAUUUCCA